GAGCGCGUGCAAUUCAGACUGCUCCCGGAGCAGGAGCCUCCACGUCUGAUCACGAGCCUUGGUUAUCCAAUCACAGCAAGCCACCGGGUGUUUCCAAACAACAUCCCCUUUCACAGAACUACAGGCUGUGUAGCUAGCUACUUACUUCCUCAUCAUCUCAACUAAAAAGUUGUCGGCUGAAUAAAUUAAUUCCUACUUUGUUUAUCUGACAUUUUAGCUAGAUGAUUAGAUGCUGUAGUUACUUACUCCAUUUAUAUUACAACUAAGAGGUCGCGUUGGAGAGGUCACAAGAAAACAAAAAUGGACAACAGUGGUUUUCCUAACGUUAGACAAAAGACAAUCACUCUUGUGAUAAAAACACCGAAUCAAGCCCACGGGGAUCAGACGAUUGAAGGAGUUGACACGGACUGGACAGUGAAAGAGUUGAAGACUCAUUUAUCGAGGGUGUACCCAAAUAACCCGACUGAAAGUGAUCAGAGACUUAUUUACUCUGGCAAGCUGCUCCCAGACCAACUGCAUGUCAGAGAUAUUUUCAGAAAGACGGACCUAACACCCACUGUGCACCUGGUGUGUGCAGUCAGAACUCAGCCCAGAGGUCCACUAGGAGCAAGACCAAAGGUCAGAGAGCCAGAACCACAACCGUCUGCCAUGCCAACCAGACAGAACCCAGAGGGUGCCACCCCAGCCCCAUCUGUGCCCACUGAACCAGAGCUGAGACAACGCAGGUACACUUCCACCUCUCCCGCCCCACCCGCAUGGCCUGGCACUACAACGCCAGGGGCAGCAGAGAUAACCAACCCAACCUUCCCCACCUACUCCCUCUACAGCCCUCAACAGCUGCUCUGGCUGCAGCACAUGUAUGCUCGCCAAUAUUACAUGCAGUACCAUGCAGCCUAUGCAGCAGCAGCUUCUGCCCCCUUUGCCCCAGCCACAGGCCCAUCCCUGCCUGCUGCUCCCCACCAAGCCGCUGUCCCAGCACCCCUGCCCAAUCAGGCCCCCAUUGACAACCUGCCAGCCAAUCAGAAUGCGCAGGACGGCGCCUUUAUCAACCCGGGAGCAGCCAAUCAGAACCUGCGGAUGAAUGCCCAAGGCGGGCCUGUGAUGGAGGAUGAGGAGGAAAUGGAUCGUGAUUGGCUGGACUGGGUGUACACAGCUGCCCGCCUGGGAGUGUUUCUCAGUAUUGUCUACUUCUACUCCAGCCUGAGCCGCUUCGCCCUUGUCAUGAGCAGCCUGCUCCUUAUGUACCUGCACACAGCAGGCUGGUUCCCCUUCAGACAAAGGCCCCUGGUCAGAGGUCCAAACAACCAGGUCCCUGAGGUCAUCCAGAACCAGGACAGGAACCCAGUGCCACCGGUGGAGGUCCCUGCAGGAGAAGAGGGGGCCGAGGCGGAGGUUGGACCUGAUGAACCACACCCCCUGACUGCAGUACCUGUGCCUCAACACAGGGUGUCCAUCGUUUGGAGUGCCUGGAUCUUCUUCAAAGCCUUCUUUGCCUCCCUCAUCCCAGAGGCCCCGGGAGUGGCUAACUGAAUAAUCGACUUUUCCAGCAGGGGGCACACUGGAACUGAAGUUACCCUCAGUAUCAGACCUGCCUCUCUGUCACGGGAAGUCCUCUCUCUGGCCUUCUGGAUGGAUGCCUGGAUGGAUGCCUGGACAUUUUGUGAGAAAUCAUGAAUGAUUAAAAGCGUCAAUGCAUACAAAGCCCUGGCUGUAGUCUGUUAAGGGUGUGUGUUUAGGGAUAUGAUGAUUCAUUCGGCGCUUCCUGCCUUAUGAUAGUGACCAAAUGGUUGUAUAUACAGUACAGUACAUACACCUCUCUCUGCCAAAUGGUUGUAAAUGCUGUAAAUGUUUAUUGGAACAAAACAUUUAAAUAUUAUUGUAUUGUCUGUACACAGCACUUUACAAAACUUAUCUUAUUAUUAGGGCUGGGACAAUACUAAUAUCGCAAUAUUGUUUCCAUUGCAAAAAUGUAAACACGAAGCAGAUCAAACUCUUUGCCCCUUUAAAAACCUUCUGUAUGUAAAAUAUUGUCUGCUAUAUCUUGGAAAAUAAAUACAUGUGAUACUGGAUGAGUAGUAAUGUACACUCAGUGGCCAGUUUAUUAGGGAACACCCAUCGCCCACCGGGUCUGACCCCUUUUGCCUCCAGAACAGCCUGAAUUCUCAGGGUCAUGGAUUCUACAAGGUGUGGCGUUCAAACAUUACUCAAUUGGUAUCAAUGGACCUGAUGUGUGCUAGGGAAACCAAUCCCCACACCAUUACACCACCGCCACCAGCCUGUACCGUUGACACGAGGCAGAAUAUCAACGUAGUCAGAUUCAUGUUGCUAAAUGCCAGAUUUUGACUUUGCCAUCAGCAUGACUCAACAGGAACCAAGAUUUGUCGGACCGGGCAAUGUUUUUCCACUCCUCAAUUGUUCAAUGUUGGUGAUCGCGUGCCCACUGGAGCCGCUUGUUGUUUUUAGCUGAUAGGAGUGGAAACCGGAUGGGCUGCAAAAUCCCAUCCGUGACAAGGACCGAGUUGUGCGUUCCGAAAUGCCGUUCUGUACACUACUUGUACUGUGCCAUUAUUUUCCAGUUUGUGGCCUGCCUCGUAGCUUGCACGAUUCUUGCCAUUCUCCUACGACCUCUCAUCAACGAGCUGUUUUCGCCAACAGACCUGCCCCUGACUGGAUGUUUUUUUUCCCGCACGGUUCUCAGUUAACCGAAGAUGACUCCGACGAUUAUACCAUGCUUAAAGUCACUUACGUUACUUGUUAUGCCCAUUCUAACGUUCAAUCGAACAGUAACUGAAUGCCUCGAUGCCCGUCUGCCUGCUUUAUAAAGCAAGCCACGGCCACGUGACUCACUGUCUGUAGGAGCAAACAAUUUGUGAACGGGUUGGUGUACCUAAUAAACUGGCCAGUGAUUGUAUGUUUCCAACAUACAUGGGGCUGUUUUCCGAAAUAGUUAAAUCCACUUUGUGUUUUGUUUCCUUGCCACGAUACUAACGAGUAUCGCAAUACUGGUAUUGUGCCGGCCAUACUUAUUAUGCAAACUUGCUUUAAUCUGGGUUAAAUUAUGAGAUGCUUAUAGUGCUGUAUGGUAAAAUAGUUUGUAUUGCUCUUGCUCAGAGAUGGAAGUGCUAUACAGGGUUGUGCAUGAGUAUUGAAUGUUUCUCUGGUUGUCUCAGAUGUGAAAUGGAAGGCAGUGUUAACAUAGUGUGGCUUUAAUUCAUUAGACUGGUUAAAGAUCUUCUGAAAGUUGAAUUAUGUUAAACACGGGAAUAUGCAGUUGUGUGGGGCUUAGGCCAGACUGUUUUUGCAAUUAAAAUGGAAUCAUGCAUAGUGACCUCGCUCCCUUGUUACACAAUGAGAAAAAUAUAUAUUGUGAUUCCUUUUGGAAUGCCUUUAACUGUACACAUACACUAAGUGUAAUUCCCCCCCUAGUACGUUCUAGUGUGAUUUAUCUUUUUGUUUUUUAUUUUGGUAAAACAGCUUUUUAAUGGAUGCUACUGUAUCAAGAAUAUUUUGUGGAGACUUGCAAUAAAUUUACUUAUUUAAAAGGAUU